AUACCGGUUGCGGCUCUAUUAUCUGUAGGUUAUGAUAUAACACGUGUUUGGGAUUCAAAAGAGAAUUUAUGAUCUAUUUAAAAUUGUUACUCAAGUUUAAUGAAAAAGAAAAGAAAAUAAUUGUUGCUCAACAAUCACUAAAUUUCCGCGUUCCUUGCAUGUAUGAUGCGUUCACCGAAGUAAUAAAUGUCGGAUUGCAAUGGUUCUGUUUAACACAUACGUAGGGUUUGCUUCAACCGACGGUGUUCGUCGAGAACCAUAGUAGAGACAACAGCAAAUCGACUUUUAGUUUUAGUGGCUGAGACGAGUACAAGCUACGCAGAUCUUAUAAGCAGAAUAUCAUGAUGCUAUUGGAAAGGAUGUUGAAGACCCUAAGGAAAUGUUGGAGAACAAUAAUCCUUUUUGCGACACCGCUAGUGUUGUUACCCCUGUUGAUGGUGGUAGACAUGAAGGAGGCUAGAUGUGCCUACGUCGUGCUAUUGAUGGCCGUCUAUUGGAUGACAGAGCCCCUCCCCCUAGCGGUGACAGCAUUACUUCCUGUGGCAUUGUUUCCGCUACUACAAGUAAUAACAACUGAUAAAGCAUGCUAUCCAUAUCUUCAGGAAACGAACAUGCUCUUUAUUGGAAGUCUGAUUGUCGCCCUGGCGGUGGAGUGUUGUAAUCUGCAUAGACGGAUAGCGUUGCGUGUGUUGGUUUGGGUUGGAACAGAUCCGAAGUGGUUAAUGUUGGGAUUUAUGCUGACCACGAUGUUCCUUGCCAUGUGGAUCUGUAACACUGCUACUACCGCCAUGAUGAUGCCAAUUGUAGAUGCUGUCCUUGUUGAGAUUUGUGGAAAUGGUGAGGAAACACCGUGUGUGCAAACAGUACAGGUUCCUCCAGUUGUAGAAAACGAAAAUAAAAUUGGUGAUAUCGUAAAAGUGAUCAAACACGGAGAAGAAGCCGACCAAGGAAAAGAACCCUCCUGCAUCAUCAUUUCCAACGGACUUCCUAAAGAGCCGGAGAGAGAGACAGUAUUAUUAACAGAAAAUGUGAAUCCUGUGAAUAAAAGACAACAACGGAAAACUUUCAGGAAAAUUCUUUUCAUCAGCGUAGCAUUUGCCGCUAACAUAGGUGGAACUGCGACAUUAACAAGUGCGGGGCCAAACCUUGUACUUAAAUUUGUUGUUGAAGAGUUAUAUCAUGGCUUGCCAUCUGUAGACUAUGCCAACUGGUUACUGUUUGCAGCUCCAGCUGCUAUUGUUAGUGUUUUAUUAUCGUAUGCAGCCUUCCAAGUUCUUUACUUUCGUAAAAGUUGUGGAAACCAAUCCAAACAAAAUCAGGCUGCCAGGCAAAUCAUCAGAAAAAAAUAUGAAGAACUUGGACCAAUGACAUUCCAUGAAGGAGCUGUUUUAGUUCUAUUUAUUUUGUUAGUUUGUUUAUGGAUGUUCAGAGAUCCCCACUUUGCCAGAGGAUGGGCCACUUAUUUUGGAGAUUACAAGCCAAAAGAUGCCACUGUUGUUAUGUUGAUAGUGUUACUUCUGUUCAUAAUACCAGCCCAACCCUUUAAAUCUGGUCUCAGUCCUGCCUUAGUAACAUGGCCUGUAAUUCAACAGAGAAUACCCUGGGGAGUAGUUCUUCUGAGAGGAGGAGGCUUCUCAAUGGCAGAGGCAACUAGCGAAUCAGGCUUGUCUCGAUGGUUAGGACAUCAACUAGCAACUUUGCAGUUUUUAUCCAUUGAAGGUGUCAUUGUGGUAAUUUCUGUUUUGACAGCAUUCCUCACAGAAUUUGCCAGCAAUUCUGCAACUGCAACUAUCUUGCUUCCAGUAGUUGCAGAACUUGGAACAACUUUACAAGUCAAUCCUUUAUUCCUGAUGAUUCCAACAACCCUAGCAUGUUCCUGUGCCUUUAUGCUUCCAGUAGCAACCCCAGCUAAUGCUAUAGUGUUUACACAUGCCCAGUUGAAGGCAGGGGACAUGCUGCCACCAGGUUUAGUAGUGAAAAUCCUCACCAUUGGAGUGAUGUUACUGAACGUAAACACUUUGGGAAGAGUUGUUUAUGACUUAAACACCUUUCCAGAAUGGGCUCACCAGAAUCUGGAAUCUCAGCUUUCAAAUAUGACUAUGUAUGAAGUUAGCAACUCAACUAAAGCAAUCCCUGAUGUAAUUUAAGUUCUUUUUAUGUAUCAUUCAAGUUAUAGAUAAUGUACUUCUUACUAAAUAGUCAGACAUUGUAAUUAAUGUGAUGUUUGAGGGUAUUAUCUCUGUCAAUAUUACUUUUAGAAAUACAAAUCCAGCUACAGUGCAAGUUUUUUUUCUUUAUCAUAACUUAUUGGAUGAAAGUUUUCUUAUGCUUUCCUAGUCUUUAGACUAUUGUAUUAUGGUGUUGGUAUAUUAGUGUUAUACAUGUAUAAUAGUCAAUGUUUUUCCUUUUUAUCAUUCGUUUAUAUCUUGUAAUUUGUACAUAAGAGAACCAGUUUGGAAAGCAACUUUCAGUGUCAAUCAUACUUGUUAGUGCCAUAUGGGAAUGCUUUUAACAUAAUACUUUCAAUCAAACAUAAGAUACAAGUACUUCAUAUGUCGAUUUGGAAUGUAUCAACCACUGUUAAAUAUUGCUUGAUUUGUAUUUGUUCUUCCAAGUUUCAAGAGUAAAAUAAUAUGAAUAUUCCUUGUUACUCCUGGUUUUUGCUGGCAUUAGCUCUUUCGCUACUGAUAUGGUGGAUUACACUGACCUUGUGACCACAAAGUGACCAUCAGAGUUUUAAUAGUAUAACUUGUAACAUGUUUUGUGUAUCUUCAUGAAAUUCUUCAAGCUUUUAAUAAACAUUACAUCUUUUGUACACAAAGAAUCGGAAUAUUUAGUCAGAGUGUUGACUGCUCAAAAUGCAAAGUGAUUUUCAUGUUAAAAUUAAGAAUACUCCCUCUGAAAAUUUUCGAAUUUCAUUUACAUAGUCUCUUAAGUAAAUAAAUUGAUCUUUUGUUGUUGUUUUUUUUUCAGAAAAACUUUAUAUUUUACCUGUUAUUUUCUCUACCCUCGCUCUAUACAAGAUCACUCAGAUGACAGAUCUCCUAACCAUUAAACUUUGAAGGUUGAAAAAUGCAAAAUAAAAUAAACAGUGUUCUGUCCUUUUUGAUAUCAACCACGAAGUUCCAAGAUACUUCUGAAAGUUUCUACUUUUAAUCUUUUCACAUCUAUUUUACUGUGAGCAGCUAAAAUAGAAACCUGCUGAAUAUAAAGCAAAUGAAUUGCUGUUCCUGCCAUUACUGUUUAACACUGUUAAUAGCAAAUAAGCACAUGUAGCACAAUUACCAGAACUUUCCCAGAGAGUUUAUCGUAAUCCCAGUUAUAAGAAUACAAUGGGAGAGGAUUUAUGGGCGUGUUUACAGUAAAGUGGAUGGAACGAGAAUUGUCUAAAGUAAUAAAAGUGUGAUAAAAUGUGUGCUAUAACUUUGUACAGUCUGGGCCUAUCCAAUAAACUUCGUAGCUAUUUGGAUGUUAAUUAGUUAUAGUGGUCUACAAAAUGUGCAAAUGCUUAUAUGAAUAUAUAUUAACAUUACUUACUCAUAAAUGUUAAUUUUUUUUUCCUUAAAAUGUAUAGCAAUAAACAAAAAAAAUAUAGAAAACAAUGAUCUCUGAUACUUACCAAGUUACAACAUUUACUUGUACUCGCCUGUCAGAUUUGAGAAGCCUCGUUUAUUCUCUCAAGUGGAGGGGGAAGAUAAAUUAAUUGUUGUAGAUUUGAAAACCAAAAAAUUAUCAAUUUACUAUAUUAGUACACGUAAAACCACUAACUUAUGUGGCUUUCUAACUAAGCUGUAUGUGGGUUAAAAAUUGUCAUUUCUGUUCAGAUCAAUUACUUGAUCAACAGAUUUCACAAUUUCCAGAGAAAUAAGAAAUGAUAGUCAGAGAUUUAUCUAGUUUAGAAUGAACUCUUUCUAUUGGUAUAAAUAUGUACUUAAAAGUAGGUGGGGCUACACUAGUAGGUCUGCAAAUCAAAAAGGUGUGAGGUUCUUUUGUAUUCUAGCUUAUAAAUGUCUGAAAUUUGAGUUUCUAAUUACUUAACCACGAUAGACAUAUGGUAGGUGUGAUAAAAAAACUGAGCAACAAGACAUGCCAUACAACACAAAAAAUCAUAUUUAGCUUUUGUCUUUAAUAUUUCAAAUUUAGAAAUUAACACAUAUAUAACAUUAAAACUUGGGUUAUAAACUACAUUGUGAUGCCAAUUUUACUGACGUACAAUAUCAAAUUUUGAAAAUACCUAAAACAUCGAGACAUGCACCCUUUGACCUGUCAGUAGCGAGAGGGUUAAUAUGCAAUAGCUUUGAAACCAGAAAUUUGUUUUAGUGUAACACCCUACCUCACUGAGAUAGUAUAAACAGUAAUAUGAAAAUUACUACAUUCUCAGAUCAGUAAAGCUGGAUUUGUUUUAAACACCUUGCCAAUAACAGUACCUACAGUAUUAACCCAUCAACUGCAGAUGACGGAUAUUUCCAUCAUUGAAGUUCUAUGGCUCAGCUGCAAAUGACGAAAAUAUCCAUUUUAUUGUGAUUGAUGGCAACUCAGUUUUAUCUGUGAGUCAGGGUAUCAGAUCCUACCCCUACCUCCAAGCAAUCAGUGCUCAAAAGCUAUUUAGUCGGAGAGGGUCAUUUCAAAAUUUUUCUCCUCCGUUGAAAUGGCAAAGCAGGUUAUUGUUGAUGAAGAGCUUUGCCAAUACCUUUGUGAAGGCGACGAAUCAAGCUUAGAUUUAUCCUCUUGUAGUGAAGAAGAAUUUACUAAUGAAGUCACAACUGAUGAUUUAUCCGAUAAUGAACAAACAAAUGUACCAAGUACUUCGUAAGUAGAGUGGUCAUUCAUCGGAAGCAAAAGAAAUUUUUUUACUUUUAGUGAAGAUUCGGGUAUCAAAAUAAAGGAAACCAAUCCUGAUAAUGUUUUGGAGAUUUUUUGAAUCUAUUCAAAAUGCUAAAAUAAUGUUGAAAAUCGUCUCGGAAACUAAUGCAUAUGCUAAUGAAACUUGCAAAAAAUUCAUCUCAGGAUUAUUGAAGAAGAAAAGUAGACUACAAAAUUGGAAAGACACAAACGUCGGCGAAAUGCGUGUACUCGAUGCAAUGUUGUUAUUGAUGGGAAUAAUCAAAAAGCCUGAUUUUAUGAUGUAUUUUUCAAAGAAUCUUGUGUUGGCAACACCUUUUUUGGGAGAAACAAUGUCGAGAGAUAAAUUUCUCCUGCAACACUUGCACUUCUCUGCUUCUAAAGACUCUCCAGAUAAAUUAUAUAAGAUUAGAGAUCUAAACUUAUACAAGGAGUCUUUUCAGAGUGCAUAUUUCCCUGAAAAGAAUAUAUGCAUAGAUGAGAGCUUACUUCUAUGGAAGGGUAGAUUAGGAUGGAAGAUGUACAUCCUGCUAUAGCGUGCUCGAUUUGGAAUUAAGGGCUACUUUCUUUGCGAAUCAAGCACAGGAUAGGUGUAUAACUUUGAAGUUUACACUGGAAAGGAAACAGAUCUUCAAAUGCCUCCUUGUGCUACUGAAAUUGCACCAGAAUACCUAAAUCAUUCAACAAAAGUCGUCCUGCAUCUCAUGACAGACCUUUUGGAUAAGGGCUUUUAUCUUUCAAUGGAUAACUAUUACUCUUUGCCACCACUUUUCGAUUUUUUAGUUUCCCACAUGACAGAUGCAAUUGGAACUUUGUAAAAAAAUUGAAAAGGAAUUCCAAAGUAAGUUUCAAAAGCAAAGCUAAAAAAGGGACAAGAUAUUACCAUGUAUAAAGGUAAACUUAUGGUCAUGCAAUGGAGAGACAAGAGAGAGGUGAUGAUGAUAAGCACUACCCAUGAUGCUGAAAGAAAGAGUGUAAACGAAGGUAACUUGGAAAAGAGCAAGUCUCGUGUGUGUAUCAAUUAAAAGAAGGUGAUGGGAGGCGUGGAUCACAUGGAUCAAGUGAUUUCAUCCUAUGAUGCAGCUAGGAGUCAUCUAAAAAAGUACUACAAAAAAAAUCUAUCUUAGAUUCCUUGAUAUCGCUGUAUUGACAUCCUUUAUAAUUCAUAAGAAGCUUGGUGUUAAGAACACAUUGCUGACGUUCAAAAUAGAACUCAUAAAGCGACUUAUUGAGAAAUAUGUGGAAUGCACCUCCAAAGCAGGAAGAUAUGCCCCAAAAUCAUCUCCUAAUCGCUUCACAGCAUAUCACUUUCCAAACUUUACUCC